CUGCGUCGCGCUCGGGGGCCGCACCGGGUAGCGUUUCUGUCUAGUGCCCGAGGCAGCUCUGGCUCAGGGAGCCUUUAGUCUGCUCCACGGGGACUUCUGUGCACGGAUGGACCCGCCGGGAUACGGCGGGAAGCGGCCUGGCAGGCGGCGGCCCCGGCGGCGUCAGCAGAGGCACUACAGGGCUAAGGCCGCGGGUCCCUGAGGCGUGCGGGUCCAUCGGGCCCGGCGGCGACACCAUGAUGCCGGGCGAGACCCACUCGGCGGCUCCCGGAGCAGCGGCGGAUCUCUCACGGUGUCAGGGCUGCGCCUCCCUGCAGCAGAAUUUAAAUGAAUAUGUUGAAGCAUUAAUUACCUUGAAGCAAAAAAUCAUCAACACAGAUAAUUUGUUAACAGAAUAUCAGAAGAAAUGCGAUGAGCUGCAGUUUGCCAGAAGAGAGAAUAGUACUCUGCAUCACCAAGUGGAACAGAUGCUUCAAAAAAUUUCUCCUCUGCAGAAAUGUCAGGAAGAAUUAGGAUCUUUAAAAGCUGAACUAGAAGAGAAAAAGAGUUCUCUAAAAUUGUAUCAGGAUACUCAUCAGGAAUAUGCUCGUGUAAAAGAAGAAUGCUUGAAAACUGAUGCUCAGAGGAAGAAACUAGAAGCCAAGGUGAAGAAGCUGGAAGAGGCCGCUCUCAAGCAAACUCAGGACUUCAAGCAACUGAGGAAUGAAAAGAAAAUACUUGAAAAGGAAUUUAAGAAGACACAGGAAAGGCUGGAUGAGUUUGCUAAGCAGAAAAAUGAAAAAGAGUUGAAACACAUUGGAACACAAAUUUCGAGUGAUUCUUACGGAAGCAUAGAUAAAAGAAAAGUAAAACUACUUCUGAAAGAACUCUGGCUCUGUAUAAACACAACACACAGAGUACCUGGUGAAAGCAGCAGAUGUCUCCCAGGUGAUAUAGAAGCUUCCAGAGCAAAACCUGCUGAAGAAAAGCCUAGAUCCAGAGAGUCCGGGGAAGAUGGCGUGCCCACUCGGGGAGGAGGCAGUCCUCCCGGAGCCUCUGCUGUGCAGACGUGUCUGGCAGAGCUGUCCAUGGAGAUAGAGGGUGACUUCUCCCCAUGCAAAAAUGUGGGACGGGAGAGGCCCAGUGGGGCAGCUCCUCCGAGUGAGGACCAGCCUCCUGAAGUUGUAAUGCCAAGGAGUGAUGAGGACAGUAGUGAGUUUUUGCAUCGCAAUCGCUGUUUGGAUGAAGAUCUUCAAGCUGCAGUUGACUUCUUCAAGCUUCCCCCUCCUCUUUUGUCUCCCGUGCCAUCGCCCCCUCUGGGGUCCUUACCGCACCUUCGCUCCUUACCUUCUUCUCUUGCACCUGAAACCUACUUUGGAGAGUACACAGAUUCCAGUGAUAAUGACUCAGCCCAACACAGAAAUUCUGCCGAGUCUAAUUCAGAAGAUGAUACCUCUGACGCACAGGAUUGUUUUGGCUCACCCAGAAAGAAUAAAGGAAGUGGUACAUGGGAGGAAGAGCCCAAUUCGAAGGAAGCCACCGAAGCUCUGAACACAUUGGAAGUAAAUGAAGUGACAGCUGUUGGGUUUGGGGCACUUACAGCAACACUGAGAGAACCUUCAGCCACAUUCACCUUAGCUCGUGAGAAACACUGGGCAAUGUCAUCUCAACUCGUUAGUGGUAGAAAAAGAGGCAUUUUAGGUGAGGCGAAAGGACAAAGAGAGGUUAGGGAGAUGGAUAAAUCAGUGCAAACUGAGGAAACACUUUGUAAACCCACCAGAAGUGUGAGUGUUGAGAGGUUGUCUGGCAGCCUGACACAAGGGAAGGAAGCAGCCCUUGGGAAGUCAGACCUGUGUUAUUCUCCCCUUGGCAAGAGGCUGUUGAGUGAGCUUACAGGAUCUGAAGGGAAAAACCCAUUAUCCAGAAUGAUAGGAUCACCCAAAUCAGACUUUACUAAGUGGACACCAACUAAUGAACUCACGUGCGAUUCAGAUCAUAUGUCAGUUUCUGACCAUCUUCAGGAAACAUCUAGAGAACUGGAAAAGGACAGGGAAGGGCAAGGGUUUGUUUUAGGAGAAUCAUCUGAACCUGAAGAAGAUUCAGAUGAUGUAAUGGAUGGAACAGAGCUUGAUGUUGAAGCCAAAUUUUCUUCCUCUUCUACCUCAGGAGCGUUAUCUGUCUACAGUAUUCCCCAGUCUUCCUCUGGGCUGAAGUGUGGUCAUGAUAAACAUAUCCCUACUGAAAUAAUCCCUACCGAAGUGUGUUGUUCAGAACAGAAGUUACAGGCCAGAGCUUCAAACAGGUCAGGUCUGCAGUCUGAGCCUCUAGAGUGUUCUACAGGAGCAAACGACCUGGAGAAUAGCGUCCAUGCUCCAAACCCGGGGUUGGGAGCAUCCAGUGUUCAUGAGCAGAGCAGCAGUGGCGUGGAAUGUACAAAAGUUGUGAAAGGCAUGACCAAAGUGUGUGCCCUUCCUCAGUCAGUGUUUAUGAAAGCUGUGAAGGGUGGGCAGUGUGAAAGUCAGGGUCCAGGAGUUCAGCUCGCACCGAGUCGGUCAGAUUUUGCACCGUUAGUAGAGCCUCAGUCUGGUUUGAUUAAGAGUAGUCUUGGUUUUGUUAAAAGCACUUCUUGGCACCAUAGUGAUCUGUUAAGGAGAGGUAGUGAAGAAGGGCUGAGAGCUAAAUCAGAACGUGAGCAAGAGACCAACCCUCAGUUACAAAAGGCAGUGCUGCCCUUAGAAAGUAGAGGGUCAGCAUCACUGUUGCCUAACCAAGUGUCGGUUAUUACCAAGCAGGCCAGGCCCGAAACGACACCGAGUGCUAGAUCGGAAUCUUUGAGACUGCAUAGGAGUGAGCCUGCCGUAGCAACAGAAAAUGUCGAUAGCGUGUCAUCCAUAGCAAGCUGUGGAGGAAGUGAGGAGCCAACCCAGAUCAUCAAGGGGGUGGCUGCUACAAAAAGGACUUCACCAGAAAUUUCCAAGUCUUGGAGAAAAUUAGAUUUUGAUUCUCCAAGUGGUUCUUUACCAGUAGAAAAUUCUCAUUGUUCCACAAAGAGUAAAUUAUCUUUUUUUCCUGAAAAUAUCCCAGUCCCAAACCAAAACAUGACAGAACCCGCAGUGCAGACAGAGCUACAGGAGCAGCGUCCGCGUCUGAAUGCCACGGGUCUGGACUCAUCUGGGACUGGUGCAGGAAAACUUCCUCCAGCUGCAGAAAUGGCAGCGUCCAGAAGUCUUUCUGUUGAAGAAAUGCCCUGUGGAAACACAGUCAGAUCCGGUGGUAAAGCCCUGGCCACUUCAAAGGACUCUCCUACUAUAGAGCAAAGUCCAGAGGAGUCUCUGAAACAGCCAUCGCCAACUCCUGGUGGUGCUUCUCCUGAAGGUUCAGGCACCACAGGUACUGCCUUUUUACCAGAGAUUGGCAGAAAGGAUGAAGAGACACAUGCCCUCCCACAAAGUAGCCUUUCUGGUCCUCUGUAUUGUUACACAGGCAUUCGGGAGGUGGGGGGUGUUGACACUGAGGUGGAAGAGAGUGAGGCCCCUAGCUGCAGUGAGGGUGAGAAUGAGCCUGAAGCUGUGACGGGUAACCGGCAGUGGGAUGCUGCUGAGUCCUCCAGAGGAGACGUGGGAGCUGCACGCGCUGCUGCCGCCGAGACCCGGCCUUCCACAGAGCUGGGCUGUCUGACCUCAGCACUGCAGGACUUCAACAUCGGUACUCUCUCUGAGAUAGACAGACUUUCUACCUCAGAUGUGGUCAUGUUUCUCGAAAGUUGUCAGUUAAGAGAUUAUAGUUCAGGGGACUCUGUUUCAGAAUAUUCUAACAAAGAAAGCCUAAACAAAGAAAUUAACAAAGAAUUAAAGCAAAGUGAAACAUCGGGAGAGAAGUAUAGCAAGCAGCUCUGUGAUGAAGAAACACUCAAAACCUGUGAAGAGUGGAUUGAAUCUGAGGAAGAUGAUUGUCCUUUAAGGGAUGCAAGUCAGCUCGCUCAGUGUUCUUUGGAAACGCUGUCCGAGGUGCUAACCAAGAUUGGGCAAGAACUUCAGUCCAACUAUGAGGACUCAGAUGGGAAAGAUGCUGGUAAUUUACUGCUCUUCAGUAUACACGACAGCCUGACAACCGAACACUUAAAAGAAGGAGUCUCACCUCAGCAAAUAAGCAGCUCCUCAUUGCACCCUUCAGAUCCACCCCCGGCAACAGCUGGCUUGGAUGCUAAGGGCAGUUCUCCCACUAGUGGGGUAUUGACUGUCAAAAACACUCAGGACAAGCUUGAGGGUAACUCAGAUGUGACCAGGCUGACUGGCAGUGGAGGUGAGGUACUGUCAGAGCUGGUGGAGCUCCCAUCCCAGUGCUCUGACUCCGGAGCUGGGCAGACAGCCGAGCACAGUGCCAGUUGUGAGACAGAAGAGACAUUUCAAUGUCAGAUAUCUACUGUGACUUCUGAAGUUAUAAAUGUGCUGAUAAAUAAGGACCAAAAUCUAGUCAUUGAAAAGGGAGACAACUGGACCAUCAUAAACGGGGUAGCCCUCAUGCCAAAUGUGGACCAGGUCACCCUGUGUGACACUCCUGGAGACAACCCUGGUUCCCCAGACGGAGGAGGGCUGGGAGCUAGUUUCAUCUCCGUUAGUUCUGUGGAGAAGUCCCCAGAGACCAGCCACCCUGGCUCUCCACUUCCGGAGCCCCCAUGCGGCAGUAAUCUUCCGUGUGCCCCAGAGGAUAUUUCCAACAGUGUUCAGAGUUCCAACUUUGAUAAAAGUCGUUUGCGGAAUAGACCUGUUAAACCUAGCGUAAGGAUUAGUUCUGAUAUUUACGAUCAAAUCUUUGAGUCCCAGAUUGUUGCAUCUGAUCACACAUAUUACAACUCAAAACUGGAGCCGUUUGGCAAAAACAAGAAUCGAUCAAAGAUUUCAAACAAAGAUCAGUCAAACAAAUUGGUAAAGACUUCAUCAUCUGGCAGGGUUGAAACUAACCCAAGUGAAGUUUCUCAGUCACCUUCAGCGGACAGUGUUAACACAAAAACCCAGAGACCUCAAACUCAGACCAUCCUGGCCAAUGCCGACACCUCAACCCCUAUGGAUUGUUCUGCUGAUACCUUGAGUAAAAUACGGCAGGAAGUGGGGCCCCCUUUACCGCCCCUGCUUGCUCCUUUGAUUGCUACACCUCCAAGGACUUCACACCCAGUUUCUCCUCUAAUAUCAAGUUCCAGUCCCUCCUCGCCUACCUCCCCUGUUGGCCAGCUUUCUCCGUUGUGUGAGAUCCCAGUGCCACCCAUGAUGUCUCCUUUGCUGGAAGAUGCAAGGCGUGCCUCCCCUUCAUGCACAUCUCCAUCCCCAUCUGCUGUGUCCACUGGGGAGAGGAUACUGUCAUCUCCUCUUCAGUUUUGUGCCACCACCCCAAAGCAUGCCCUUCCUGUGCCCGGCAGACUGCCUCCCUGUGCAUCGGCCCACACUCCUGUGGCCGGGCCCCAGGAGAAUUCCGUUAAAAUCCUUGAUACCAUGUACCCGGAGUUAUCUGCCAGGGCCCGUACUCUCAACAUCCUCAAAGGGAAUAUACAGCUCACGCGAGGUCCACCUACUGACCGGCAGAAUUUACCAGGGCCUGUCAGUGCCAUAACAGGUUUCAAAGCAAUCAGUUCCAUGUCAACUGCCUUUGUCAAAACGGGGGGCAGCUCUGGUGGUGAUUGUAAUCAGGAUAAGUCCGGAGAUUUGGGGACGCAACAGGAUUCAAGUGGGAAAAGAACAUUGUCAGCGUGUAUAUUGAGGAGUGCUAAAAGACUGCGCCUGGACAGUGGGUCCUCGGAAUCGGAAGGUGGGAGCAGCACUACAGAAGGAGUCAACAAGCCCCCUUGCAGGAACCUCCCUCAGGCUGAAGUUGCAGCAACUGAAGAGGAACCAAGUUCUGUUUCAGCUACCAGUUCAGAUUCACAGUUGCCUCCGAACCCCACAGAAACGGUGGAGUCCCACGAUAAAGCCAUAGCCGAUGCCCUGAAGAAGAUCGCAGAGUCAUCCUUCGACCUGUUGCCCGUCAUUCGGAGUCACGUGUAUGUGGGAAAUAUCUCCAAAAAGCCUGUGAUGAGAGAUCAGGAGAAAGAAGUUGUCUAUGACUUCAGCACAACAAAGAAGCAUUUAGCAGAGUGCUUGCUUCAUUCUAUUCUCUCCGAACUAAAACUUCAAAAGACAUCUCUGGAGCACAAUUACAUUCAUGCGCUCUGCAGAGUGUACGUGGGUAUUUGCCGGCAACUUGGAGACGUGGAAAGAGCUCGCUUGUUCUGCUACAGCCUGCUUAAGGAAGAUUUCCCAGAGUCAGAAAAACUGACUUUGUUCAUUGCAAACAUGUGGCAUGAUAUAUUUAUCUCUCAAUCAGUGAUUAAUAAGGCAAUGCAGCUAGUUGCCAGGCAACGUGCUAAAGGGGAGGUUCUGAAUUGUUUGAGAGCAUUUCUCAAUUGGGAAAAGAAUUCUCCUGCAGAUGUUGGCUUCAUGGUUUCUAAGUUGCUUUUGACCAUACAGUUAUGUCCAAAAACAGAAUUUCAAUCCAGUGAAAGAUUUGGUGAAGACCUAAGUGACAACACUUGGGAGUACAUAUUUGCCAUCGAUCUGCUCUGCUGCCAUCAGAAAUGGGUUUGGACACAUGAUAACAUUAUAAGUAAGGAGCUGUGGCCUGUGAUGGAUAAGUGGAUAAAACACAGAAAAGGACAUGCGAACAUUGCGUAUAUUCCUGAUGUCAUCAUAGCCUCGAUACUAAGGCUGAUUGGUCGUUUAGGUCAACUGGGUUUGAAGGAAGGGUUCCCAUCUGCUGUGAAAAACAUUAGUUCAGUUAUUGGUAUGUUCAUACAGCAUGCCCAGGACGAAGAUAUACCGUGGGGUAUACAGCUGGCAGCCGUGUACGCCCUUUGCGACUUGAGCCCCAGCAAUCCAGCAGAGAUAUCCAAGAUCCUGGAAGCUUGGCGCAGAGAGACCUCGCACAGCGUCCCCUCUGCAGUGGUCAGCUCCCUGGAGGAAGUCAGUGCAUUGUGUGCAGGGGAGCUCGGCUAAACCGCCGCCCGCCACUGCACCUAGAGAAGUGCCUUCACAUGUCUUGAGUAUAAACAGAUUAAUGAGCUUUCCAAAUGUAAACGAAGGUUUCACAGGAAAGAUGCAAAAGAGAAAAUGCCAAGAGGCUCUCCUCACUGUGUGGCCAGGAGGCGGGGAAAAUGUGCAGCUGCACAGCUGUGUUCCCCCAAACCACAUGCUCAAAUCACGUAAGGCUGUUGUGAUUACAUGACGUAGGGAUUGUGUUGUGUCUUGGUCAAACAACAAAAACUUGAAUUUAGCCCUUUUUGCUGCAGAAAGUGUCCUUUCAGUCGCUUUUUGAAAUUGAGUGGCAUUUUAUAAUGAAUUUAAUAUGAAAGCAUUGAUUUGGUUCCUGAGUUUAUUCUGGCCUUUGUGCUUAAAUGACUGACUAGGAAAAACUAUAUUGGCUAAAAAAGAACUAGAAGACUCUUCCGCGAUCUCAGCUGGAAGUGGGCUACAGAAGUUUUUCUCAAGGUGUAGUGUGCAGCUGAUCCGAGUAAACACGGGGGAGCCUCUAGAAACUCACCGUAAUGCAUUUUCUUCACAGGAGUUCCUUAACGAAAGUUCUUUAAACUAGUUAACUCUCUGUCAGGAAAAGGAGAGUGAGGAGCAGAAGGCUCUGCAGGCCCUGCCUCCAUGGCGUGCACGUGCAGACUCGGAGACGGGCGCGCAGGGUCCCGGCCGCCAGCCUGCGGACAGUGCCACGUGAUGAUGUGUGUCACAUUCGAUGAUGUUCCGCUUUCGGAAUUUUAGUAUUUGUACAGAGGGAAUGGGUUCAACAGCUCUCCGUGGUCCUGAUUUGUCUUAUAUUCAUCAUUUCCUAAAUCUCUUGUAUGUGUUUUUUUAUAAUAAAAAAUAAAAGGAAGCCAUGUACAUUAUUGUUCUGAUCAGUAAAGAUGAUGCUUGGUGUUACUCCCACUUUUGCUGCAGAUAGAAGAAGACAGCCAUUCCAAAGGAGACUCCACUUCAGGGCAGGCACGUGCUGCUUUGCCAGUGUUUCACCCUUCUGAGUAUCUCCGAGAUGCUCUGGGUCGUAUCAGACGCCAGAUAAUUAAGUGUUCAUCGGCACUUACGAUUGGAUAUGUUUGUUGAAUUACAGUUGCUGCCCUUUUCAAAUUAUAUUUGACAAAUAUUUUACUCCUUUGUGUUUUUAAAUUAAUUAUAGCAAAAAAACUGAGAUGUAUGAACAAUUCUGUGUAACCCCUCGGAAGUUUUUGGUUGGUGCGUUCAUCCAGGAUUCCUUGAGCGUGCGCUCUGCACCGGUGCCUCACCAGAGGAGCUGGUGAGCAGACCGCAAGCAACAAGUCCCUGAAGACCUGUGAUCUGUUAGUAGAGGAAAACCCUAAGCAAUUACCCCAGUAAAUCAACGGUUGAAAAUUUUGGUGAGUUUGGUGAGAAAACGUGGGGGUUUGCAGUAGGAUAGCAGGGUAGUAGACAUUGCUCUUUCUAGGUGUUGAUCAAGGAGGGUCCCUCUGAGGAGACAACACUUGAGCUAGGAGCUGAGAAAAGGGAGCCAGCUUUGAGAGUAGCGGACACGUGUCCCUCCCAGACAGGUAAGUGAGGCUUUUGGAAGGAAAGAGCCUUUCUUGUGCGAGAAGGUGGCUGACUGAUACAGCCAGAACACACCGUUCAAGUGUCGUUUGUCGGAUGGUACAGAUUAUGCCAGUCCCUGGGACUGGGGCAGCCCUGGGCUUGUUCACAGACUGAGCAGAGGUGUCCUGUGAGAUUACAGUUCACUGGAGCUGCUCUGUGGCAAAGGGGUGUGAGAAGGGCAAGGGGCGAAGCAGAGGGACCUGUCAGGAGGUAGGGGAGAGAUUAUGGUGUUAGAUGAAUUUCACAUAUCUCUUGGAGGUAGAAUCAAUGCUAAGUUCCUGAAUUUGGAUGAGGGGCAGGUAAGAAUCAAAAGUCAAGGUUACUGAGUUGGGUUCCGUGGGUUGGGUACAGGUGCACAGGUGGGUGGUAGAAAACAAAAAUCCUAGGUGCUGAUUUGGGACCUGGACAUUGUAAGACAGCCAAGUGGAGGCAACAGGCAGCCUUUACAGGCCAGUUUGGAGUACAGACCAGAUAGGGCAGAAGUUAGGAAGCUGAUAAUGUAUGGGGGCUAUUUAAAGCUGUGUGUGUGUGUGUGAGAGAGAGAGAGAGUGUGUGUGAGUGUGUGUGUGUGUGUGUGCGAGCGCGCGCGCGCACGCCUAGGAAGAAAAGUACAGUAACAUCCCAGAGGGCAGAGGAGGAAACAGCAUUAGGGCAGGAGGUGGUGGUGUAGUAGUAGUACCUUGGCGACUCUUCCCUUGCCAGAGGCAAGAAGGUGGGCAUUAGCUAUGCUUGAAGCUGCCAAGUCAGGUGAGGUAAACCUGCCAGGUGAUGACUGUGUUUUGCAUCCUGUGGAUGUGGUGACCUCAGCGAGCAUCUCCCAUCACAUUUGGCCUAGAGGUGUGCAAAGUGAACAGGAAGUCAGGAAGAGAAGAGCGGGUCAGCAGGCAGUGUUUAGAAAAUUUGCCUAGUGGAUGGAUUUGUCAAAGCUGUUCAAAAUACUUUUUUUUUAGCCUCAGCAGUUUUAUUUGGUUUUGGUGGAGGAUAGGUAACACCUGACAUUUUCUGCUGGUUGCCAUUCUUUUGACCCUUUGGUGUGUGGAAUUUGUCGUCAUCUGCUCUGUUUUGUGACCUGAUGAUGGUAAGUAGGCCUGAACUUGCCAUUGGCGCUGUUUGUCAUUCUCAGAGGGUGAAGCAGUUUUAAGUUGUUCAUAAAUUAAAUUCCAGGUAUUCAAGCAGAACAUUGUGGGGUUUUCUCACUUAAAAAGAAAUUCUGAACAAACAUUUGGACCUAGAGCUGGGUGCCACGUUAGGCUGGCGUAGGGGUCUGCACCAGGAAGCACAUAGGUUCUCAGGCCAGCUCUGGUGUGACCACUGUGGUGGGAACAGCCCAGCAGCCUACAGAACUGCUCCGGAUGAGGCCAUGGCUCUGGGGGUGAACAGUGGGCGUGUCUCAGUGAUCUUUUUGGACAUUGGAACCUUUCCCCCACGCAUGUUCCCCAGGACGUCCGACUUUUCUUCAUGAGUGCAGAGUUGGCCCGUAGAAGGUGCUUCAGGCUGUAAUUUCCCACCCUGAGGCGGCUUGUGUGACAUCCGAUACUUGGUUAAGAGAGGGUGUAGCAACAGCGAGCAGGAUCUGUUCUUAGGGGUGGGAAGAGCUGCACCAUGGCCAUUAGAGGGCACUGCAGACUCGCCCUUGAACUACAGCUGCCAGAAAACGGGGCCUUGCCUGGGACACACCUAGGUGCACACAGUCUGCAGCCUGAGACCCUUGCUGUCAGGGAGCUGUUUCGGUUCGUACUUCGUUUGUUGAGGGGAGUUAGUGCCACCACCUGGGCCCGGUAUCUCCAGGAGUAAAUGCGAAAGGGUAACAUGUUAAAUAAUGGUAUUUGAGAGAAUAUGCCCCCUCCCCCCCAAAAAAAGAAAUACUUUGCCUAUUUGUUCAGACGCUUUCCUGGAUAUUUUUUAAUGAUCCUAAAGUAAAACGCUUUCACCAGAAAAACAGCAGUGGCAAGUGGGUAAGCGAUACUGGGUGGGAAGCCUGCGUGAGCAUCGGGACCGGCUGUGUGUUCGAGCAGUCAAGUCAUCCUGCACACAUCGACACACUCAGUUGUUUCCAGGUACCAUUUCCAGCACAUUUUCCUGUAGAACCAUAAAGAAUCUAUAGUGUGGAUCUAGCUUAUAAAUGUGAGUUCAGUCAACCUAAGACUACAGACGCAAGAAAGGGUUCGUUGAGUGUGUGAGAGAUUUGGGGAAGUUUGGGAGUUUUGAAGGUAAGGCAGCCGUAAACAGUUGUCUGUUUGCCUGAAACCUGCUUAGAAAAAUUUAUUGUUCUCAGUUUUCAUUGUGAAACAAACAGGAAGUUCUUUUUCCUGCCCCUGGAGGAGAGCAUUUUAAGGAAGACGUACUUUUAUACCAUGACAUUUCUGUCUUAAUAAACUCUGUGUGUGUGUGUGUGUGUGUGUGUGCAGCUCAGCUAAAGUGUUCUGUGUAAACAAAGAAUUGUGGGUGAGGCAUCACUGAGAGAUGCUACAACUCAAUUUUAUGAAAAUGAAAAUGUCUGCUUGCUUUUACGGACUUCGGGUUUCUGUGAACAAUGUUUGGACCUUGGGCUUCCCCUGCCUCCCAGUCCCCUUGGGCCAGGGUUUACACUUGGGGCCAGGUGGGCCUCUGAUUUCCCUGCUGGGAAAGGUGGUGCUGCCCAGCACCCCGCCCCAAGGGCUCUGUGCCCAAGGGGGUGAGGGCGGGGAGGCCUUCCUGGGUGGUCCCCAGACCAGGAUUUCUCAAAGGGCACAUGGCCUCACCCCAGACCCACCAAAUUCCAGACCGGGAAUCUGGUGGUGUGGAGGGAACCCCCAGCAGCUGGGGACCCUGAGAGCUGCUGCCACCCUGUUCUGCCUGGGCACCCGCCCGCUGCUCUGGGCUCUGCCCUCCCGGCCACUCCUUACAGAGGCUGUCCCCUUGUUCCCCUUCCUGGUUCAUUUCAGUGGCAGUUUGGGAGGAAGCGGGGAGGGCUUGGUAACUGCCUCCCACCGUCUCAAACUGAAUCUAGUCCCUGUUUUUACUUUUUUGGUGUGUUGUCUUGAAGAAUAUUUUUUUUCUUAACAAAUAGUCAUUAAUUGCUGCUCUGAGGAAAUCUCACCCUACAUCGUGAGUGUACAACUGGCAAAACUCGAGAGAACAGGGUGCCGAAAUGCACACCCUGAACCCAGCACACCUUUGGCACUCAAAGAGUAACUGCCCCUCUUGAUUGUCAUGAUUUUAUAUGUAAAUUUGUAUUAUUACAUAUUCAUUUUAAUAGUUUGAAUUGUAAUCCAAUGUAUUUUAUUACCUAAUCUUUUCAUGUUAAUCAUGUGUUGUAUGCGAGUAGUAAAUUAAAAAUUAAAACAGGUCACACACUGGAA